CCUCAUCGUGUCGACCGGUGUACGCACAUGCGUGGCCAGGAAGCGUCAUUGAUGACUAUGCGUACCUAACAUUAACUCGACUCCAUAUCUGGAGGGAGCCACGACACGGAUGCAGACAAUGCCAUGGCAACCCCUCUCCAUCCCCAGUCGCCACCACCGGUGCGCCCCUCCUCCAGGUCCGAGUUCGAGAUCGCCAUUGUCUGCGCCUUGCCACUCGAGUUCGACGCUGUGUGCCUCGCGGUCGACGAGUUCUGGGAUGUCAACGGCGACUCGUUCGGCAGGGCACGAGGUGACCAGAACCUCUACACCACUGGCCGCAUUGGAAACCACAAUGUCGUCCUCGCGCUCUUGCCUGGUAUGGGCAAGGUCAGCGGUGCCAGCACGGCCGCCAACCUGCGACACAGCUAUACCGAGUUGCAGCUGGUUCUUCUCGUUGGUAUUUGUGGAGGGGUCCCGAGCCCAGGGGGCAGCCGCGAAGUCCUGCUCGGCGACGUGGUCGUCAGCCAGCAGGUAGUCCAGUUUGACUUUGGACGGCAAUACCCAGGCCGGUUCAUCACCAGGGAUGACGCCAGCAACACCCUGGGGCGGCCUGAUCGCGCCAUCCGCACCCUCCUCGCGACCCUUCAGACCGAGCAUGGCCUUGAGCGCCUCGAAGAAGGUGCCGCCCAGCAUCUCGCCAGUAUUCAGUGCACUGCCAGCGCCAAGGGACGAGCUGUCACCUAUGGCUACCCCGGCAUUGAGCAGGACAGACUCUUCCCGCCAGGUUAUUUCCACAAACACCAUGGCCAGACUCAAUGCCUCUGCCAUGAAUCCGAGCACCCAUGCCCGCAGGCUACGACGACUUCCUGCAAAGAUUUGGGCUGCGAUGUGGCAAGAACCGUACGGCGGCAGCGACUAUACGCGCGGCAGAAAUCGAAGGUUUUCGUUGGAAAUGUGGGCUCAGGAGACACGGUCAUGAAGUCCGGAUUGGACCGUGACAGGCUUGCUUACGCACACCAGCUCAUUGCUUUCGAGAUGGAAGGCGCUGGCAUGUGGGACGAGCUGCCCUGUGUCGUGGUCAAGGGUGUCUGCGACUACGCCGACAGCCACAAGGACAAAGUAUGGCAGCCCUUUGCAGCUGCGGCCGCUGCUGCUGCUACAAAGGCAGUGUUGCGACAGUACAGCCAGACAGACAGGCAAUGCCGCUCGAAAUACACUCGUCCGGGAUUGCAAGGCAUACCGCCUACGCAACCUUCCUAA